AUGAAUCGUAUCACUAUCUGUCUGUUUAGCAUAGCUGAAGACAUCGACUUUAGAUUGCUCUUCCACAUCAAGGACGCAAAUGUCGAGGAUGUGGUCAGGCAGUCUACAGAUGACCAAGCUGUCAAAGAGGAAGAUCGGCGCAAUGCGGACGAUGGCCCAAAGCCUAGUGCUCGCGCGAUCACCGAGCGCUUCGUGAAACUCCGCCAGUUAGCGGGCAUCAAGGUCUCAGUCACGUCCAGCCGCACGCCCGGUAGAGGCCGUGCUCGCGUCUCUAAGUAUACCACUCCACAAAAGCGCAAGAACAAGGCGUACAGCAGCGAAGAGUCGGAUGGUGACGAGCACCUUACCGAGAACGAGAGCCCGACCAAGAAGCAGUCGGUCCAGCGCAACGGCGGCAGUCGUGGUCGUGGCAGCGCGCGCGGAGGGCGAGGUGGACGUGGUGGCAGGCACAAUGCUAGCUCCCCUGCCGUCCGUGUCAAAUCCGAGUACCCGCUGCCAGAGCUUCCGAUCGAUCCACUCGAUGCAGGUGACACCUUCGAACGUGACGCCGCCGACGCCGCCGAGAUCCGCCACACAUCGCAGCAGAACCCUUUCGCGGGCUUUGCUAACGGUGGUAUGAACAGUGGAAUGAGCGGCGGGAUGAAUGGCGGCUUCCAAGGCUUCGGUCCUUCCACCGGCCACAGUCUCCUGAACGGGUUCGGUAUGAGCAAUGGUGCCACCUUCAAUAACGGCUUCACGAGCCCUGGCAUGGCGCUCGAUGAUCCCUUCACCGCCUCGAACCAUCCGAGCCAUGGCUUCGCCAAUACCAUAGGUACCAUGCAAGCCUUCACCAACGGCAUGCAAGCCGCCGCCGCCGGUGAUGCUCAUGGACCUCUAGACACGAACGUGGGCCGCGGCAGAUCGAACCGUACAGCCUCUGCCCAGGCCUCCGAAGGGGUUGCUGCGGUCCUUCGCCGCCAGAAAGAUGCAGAUGUGGCUGAUGGCGAGAGGUCCAGCGCAGAGGACAGUCAGGCUUCCGAGUAUCAUGAUUUGGAGGGCGAUUACAUCUAA